AUGCCAGUGGAUUAUGGAUUAGGUCCAGGCCCCGAGCCCAAGCAUAUCGACCGAAAGGGACUAUACGUCAGUCUUGACGACAGAAUCAAGUACUUGCAUGAGUUUCUUGAUUUCAACUCCGGUAAGAAUCGUCCCGUUCUGGGCAAUUCGGACGACUCAUCCUGUGCCGAAGCUAAUGCAUGUUGUAAACCAGCCGACGUCGAAGCACUCCAAAGUGGAUCCAAGUACCUCAAGCAACUCAUCCCUGCCGUUGUCAACCUUGUAUACAAGAAGCUCCUCCAAUAUGACAUUACCUCGCGUGCCUUCCAUACCGGAUCAACCGCCAUUGAGACGGAGCCCGAGCAAGACUAUCUACAUGAGGAGACCCCGCAGAUUCGGCGGCGCAAGAUGUUCCUCCGCUGGUACCUCAUCAAGCUAUGUCAGGAUCCUACCAGCAUGGACUUUUGGCGAUAUCUUAGCAAAGUCGGUAUGAUGCACAGCGGCCAGGGACGCUUGCAUCCUCUUAACAUUGAAUUCAUCCACAUCAACGCCUGCAUGGGCUACAUCCAAGAUAUUUUUAUAGAGGCACUCCUGUCCCACCCGCAGAUCUCCCUCCGGCGCAAGAUUGCGCUUCUCCGGGCAGUCAAUAAGAUUCUGUGUAUCCAGCUUGAUCUGUUCGCCAAAUGGCGGCUCCGCGACGGCGAAGAGUACGAGGAUGAAAUGUCUGUGUACAGCUUUGGAUCGGGCAAAGAAGGAUGUCUCGGAGACAAGACGAUUCUGGGAAGCAGUUCUAGUAGCUCUGCCGACGACGAUACGGCGAGCAUUGCUAGCGUGACGCCGUCCACACAUUCUGCCCAAACGACGCAGACGGCCCAGUUCGGUGCAUCGAGGGCAUCUGUGUGUCCCUUUGCGGACUUGGCACAAUCCUCAUCUAGUGAGACAAAGAUCUGGGCCAAUUGA